UCCUCCUUCUUCUUCUUCAGGUCAUUCUCUGCACUCUAAUUCAGUGACAGUACUUAAAACAAUCUCCCAUUUCUCCAUCUAAAUCCUUAAAGUUUCCUCUUGAUCGAUCUUUCUCUCUCUCUCUCUUUCAUAAUUAAAGACUAUUCUUCAUGAAAGUCCAAAAUCAAGAAUUUCAAAAACCCAACACAGAUCAAGUAGUCCUUUUCAUGGACCAAACAAGCCCUAAACACAAACACUCACCACACCCAGACUCCAUUAACGAUCCUAUCCCACACUCUCCCAAAUCGCCCUGUCGUCUAAACUUCUCCAAACCCAAAUCUCGUUUCGCUGAAAUCAAAUACCAUCCGUCUUCAAAAGCCGUCCUUGAAACCCAAGAACUCGAUCCCUUAAAGCCUCAAGAAACCUCCACAGACGAAGAAGAAGACGAUGACGAUGACGACGAAGAAUGGUUCGAAAACAAAGAAGACGGUGAAGAACACAGAAAACAUAAAAGCAGAAGAAAAAGAAAGAUUCAUAAAAGGGCAGUGAUCGAGUCUAUAUUAUUUCUUAUAAUAAUGACUUGCUUAAUAUGUUCUUUAACUCUUGAAUCUUUCAAGAACAGAGUAAAAUGGGGUAUAGAGAUAUGGAAAUGGUGUUUACUGGUGUUAGUUUUAUUUUGCGGUCGUCUUGUUUCUUAUUGGGUUGUACGGUUUCUCGUUUUUCUAAUAGAAAGAAACUUUAUCCUUAGGGAGAAAGUAUUAUACUUCGUUUAUGGAUUACGUAAAAGCUUUCAAAACUGUGCAUGGCUUGCCUUAGCUUUACUUGCAUGGAUGCUUCUAUUUCAUGGUGUUCAUAAACAUAAUAAGGUUGUAAAGAAAGUUUUCCGGUUUCUUGUUGCGGUACUGAUCGGAGCUACUAUUUGGUUAUUAAAGAUCGUUCUCGUUAAGGUCCUUGCUUCGUCUUUUCACGUAGCUACUUUUUUUGAUCGAAUGAAAGAAAGUGUUUUUCACCAUUAUAUUCUUGAUUCUCUUUCUGGUCCUCCAUUAGAUGAGGAUGAAAGAGAAGCUCCUUAUGGCCAUAGAAGUCUUCGCCAUGCCAAGUCAUUGCCGGCGAGACUGAAGGAGAAGUCGGGUCCGAUUGGUUUGACUCCUUCGAGGUCCAAAAGGUUCGGUCCCGGAAAGAUAGAUAUUGAAAGAUUGAGAAAACUGAGUAUGCAGAGCAGACCAACUGCAUGGAGUGUGAAGAGAUUAGUGAAUUACAUAAAAUCAUCAGGGUUAUCCACGAUUUCGAGAACAUUAGAUGAUUUUGGUGAUGGAGAAUCGGAAAUUACUAGCGAAUGGGAGGCUCGAAGCUGUGCUCAAAGAAUUUUCAAGCAUGUUGCUAAGCCGGGUGCCAAGUACAUAGAUGAGGAAGAUCUGCUAAGGUUCUUAAAGAGUGAAGAGGUUCACACCAUAUUUCCUCUCUUUGAAGGAGCUGUUGAGACUGGAAAAAUCACAAAAUCCUCUUUCAGAAAUUGGGUGGUACAUGCUUAUGUUGAGAGAAAAGCAUUAGCCCAUUCUUUGAAUGAUACAAAAACUGCUGUUCAGCAACUUCACAAGCUAGCAAGCGCUAUAGUAACAGUAAUUAUAGUUGUAAUCUCUCUUUUAGUAAUGGGAUUAGCCACAACAAAGGUUAUCUUUGUAGUAACUUCUCAGUUACUACUUGUGGGUUUUAUGUUCCAAAAUACUUGCAAAACCAUGUUCGAAUCCAUCAUCUUUGUCUUCGUAAUGCACCCUUUUGAUGUCGGUGACCGUUGCGUUGUUGAUGAUGUUCAGAUGGUUGUGGAAGAAAUGAAUAUUUUAACUACUGUGUUUUUAAGGUAUGAUAUGGAGAAAAUAUAUUAUCCAAAUUCAGUUCUUUUGACGAAGCCUAUCAGCAAUUUCAGAAGAAGUCCAGACAUGGGUGAUGCUAUUGAUUUCACAGUUGAUGUCUCCACUACCGUUGAUGACUUUAAUGCUCUCAAGAAGGCUAUACAAACAUACAUAGAGAGCAAGCCAAAGCAUUGGAACCCAAAGCACACAUUGCUAGUGAGGGAGAUUGAGAAUAUGAACAAGAUGAAGCUGACUCUAUGCGUACUACACACAAUUAACCAUCAAAACUAUGGAGAAAAAAGCAUUAGAAGAUCAGAACUUGUGUUUGAACUAAAGAAGAUAUUUGAGAAUCUUGGUAUAAGAUACCAUCUCCUUCCACAAGAGAUACAUCUAACACAGUUCAAUAUGAGCAAUGCUAUAAUCGGAAGGAACUAAAUUAAUGAUGUUGCAAUCUAAUUAGUGGCUACUUAAUUACCGUUUAUGUAACGUACUUAAUUAUAAAAUGGGCUCCAUAUGCAGAUGUGACGUUAGUGAGUUGAGUUUAAGUUAUAUGAUUUUUUAAAUGAAUUUCAAAAUUAGGUAUUAAAAUCAUUUAAUUACAUGUAUAAAUGUAUUCGAACGAGCAUUAUUACGAAUUUACAAUUCUUUCUCGGCAUUGAAAA